GUCAUUCAUCUCAGACAUCCGGAAGUAGUCUCAGUAGGGACCUGGGGACAGAGACAGAAGGCUAACUCACAUUAUAGUCGUGUAUAUCAGCCUCUAGUGUUACACACUGAGCUAGUUUAAAUGUCUCAUGACAUGUGUAACGUUGACUAUACUGCAACGUGUCCGUCAGCAUAAGCGUGGUCUGGGAUGUCAGGGGAGGACAUUGAACUCACUGGCGGAUAAAGACGUCACACACCGUUGUAUAUUUUCCUGACCUAGGCUUACGAAUGUCCCUAACACUGACAGCCAUGAGCGACAGCGCAGUAACCAGCGGCCAGCAGCAAUGGUCGGGGCCCGGGCAGAUGCCACGGCCUUCCCGGGGCCCCUAUAUCUCGGUCAUCACCAACAGAACCACCAACCUGGUAAUCCGAGGGGCCAUGCUGUUUUCUGUGGGCGUCUUCCUGGCCCUGGUGCUGAACCUACUCCAGGUGCAGAGAAAUGUCACCCUCUUUCCCCCUGAUGUCAUCAGCAGUAUAUUCUCCUCAGCCUGGUGGGUGCCCCCCUGCUGUGGCACGGCCUCAGCAAUGAUCGGACUGUUGUACCCCUGCAUCGACAGCCGUCUGGGUGAGCCACACAAGUUCAAGCGGGAAUGGUCCAGUGUGAUGCGCUGUGUGGCUGUGUUUGUGGGCAUCAACCACGCCAGUGCUAAAGUGGACUUUGCCAACAACGUCCAGCUGUCUCUGACUCUGGCGGCGCUCUCCAUUGGCCUGUGGUGGACGUUCGACCGCUCCCGCAGCGGCUUUGGACUGGGAGUCACCAUUGGCCUGUUGGCCACGCUGGCCACCCAGCUCCUGGUUUAUAAUGGAGUCUUUCAGUAUACUUCUCCAGACUUCCUGUAUAUUCGCUCCUGGUUACCUUGCAUCUUCUUCGCCGGGGUGAUUACUAUGGGAAACAUAGGACGGCAGCUAGCCUUGUAUGAAUACAAAUUCAGUCAGGAGAAGACCCAUCAGGACUGAGGGAUCUCAUCCGGGCUCUGCUCAAAAGGACAUUGUCUUUGCACCAACCCGGAGCCAGAGGCAGAGAACAUCUGCACGCAGCAUAGACGAGGACUGGCUGGUCCUGGAUGAGCCAGUUAGGCAUGUCAAACGGGACCCGAUUGGCUGCCUGGUGCUUUCCGCUGGACAAGACAGUAUUUUUGAUUGGCUCUCGUCAGGCCAUUCAGAGCUCGGGGUGGCCGCUGGCUUUAUUCUGCCCUGAGCUGAGAUGAACAAUGAGAGCGGAGUGUGUUGUGUGUUUUUUCUUUUGGUGCAGUUUAUCUCUACUUACCUGGGAAGGGAUUAGCAGCGAAGCAUCUAUCGGAUCAGCUCCAAUGUUUGAAACCUUUGGCUUUGUUGUGCCAAACGCAGUUACACAGGGGAUCAGUUUUUAAAAGUCAGCUCUUAUCUCCUGAGUCUUUCACAUCCUUCACAAGUCAGUGGAGAACACACAGCCCAGUUAAAUUCUAUCUAAAAAGAUAUGCAUCGAUAUAGCAGACCGCACAUUGUAUGUAAUUAGCUUAUAUCUACAGUUAAGUUUUCUUGAUAAAGGAGUGAUGAUGUGUACUGUACGCUUGUCUGCACUGGUGGCGAGGACAACCUGUGAUAGGUAUUUCUAGCAGCCACACCAAACAUGUAUAGUAUCAUCAGAUCCAAAGAAUGAAAGGAUACGUGAAAGGACAGUGCAAAGCUCUGAGGGUUUUGGUUGGAAGUGAAUGAUACAUCUUAGGAAAUCAGUUUCAUCCAUACAUGAACAAGCACAUUAAGACAUUUUCUGAAAGAAUUCCCUUAUUGUAGGACUAUUUUUAAAUCCUUUUAUCAUUUCAGGGAGCAACAUUUAUUCAAUAUAUAUCUGUAGCCUUUUCAGUUUCUUGGUAAAAAAAAAAAGAAUCAAUGUGUGCUUUCCCCAAAACAGCAGCAAUGCCAAAUUUCUCAGCUUAUUGUCUUCAUAGCACUUGACUGAAACUUGAUGGUUAUCCUUUAUGAACCAUAGGUGUUGAAUACCUAAAAUAUAUGACCAUAGAUAACGGAGAUAGGAAGGUAGAAUUUAAAGUAGAAUCAAGUAAUGAUAGUAUGUAUGAUCCUAUAUAACACACUGUUAGCUUAAUAUUUACAGAUAUAACACACAUUAACAGAAUUAACAAGAGUAACUGAUAAAUAAUUAAUUGACCGUUAUAGACAAUUUGCAUUAUGUUUGCACUGUGUUGUAAAGGAUGCUUCUGGUGUUAUGAGUGAGUGUCUCUUAGGAUCCUGUCUCUGGACAUAGUACAGUAAGACAUGAUGUAUUCUUUUGUUCUGAUAAUUCACCGUAGGAGAUGUUUCUUCUGAUUGUAACGCAGCUGCAUUGCUGUUAAUUUGUCCACAAAGAAAAACCUACAUAUACAGUGUUUAGCAGUGUUAAAGUCUUCUUCUCUGUAUGCAGUAGGUGUUCGGUGGGUGGACAGAUUGAGAAACGAAUAAAUACAAACCAAGAAGAAAACAUGCAGAAUUAAAACAGGGAGCACUUGUUUAUAUGUAAGAGGUAUGACUGGAUCAUUUAAGGGACAUUUUUUAUAACAAUUUGUAAUAAAACAUGAUGGGUAUAAUUCGUGUUACAGCAUUUAAACAGAAACUACAAAACAGUGUUUUUGUAAUAUUCCAUGAUACUUUUAGGGGGUAGCAUUUUAUAUCACCAUUGCAGCAACUUUUGUCAAAUCAUGAGAAAUUGUAUAUUGGUCAAACAGCGAUUAAUAGUUCCACUAAAUCAACCUGGACAUGUGCAAUUUGUUGGUGUAAUAAAGACCAUGGCCUUUUGGUAA